AUGGACGUUACCAUGGAAAACACAUCAUAUUGCAUGUCCACCAAGUAUGCACUUGAGAAAUUCUCCGGCGAUACUAGCUCAACACACGUAUUCAGAAUUGUUGUUUAUGGUGUCAUGUUCUUCUUUGGAGUAACUGGAAAUGUCCUCAUCGUUUGUGUGUACCGCACCAAGACACUUAAGACCAGCACCCAUGUCUUCAUCAUGGCGUUGGCUGCAGCGGAUUUAGCGGUGUGUCUAAUGCAUAUCUUCAAUGUGCUGGUUGUGCUUGUGACCAAUAAUUACAAGACGCGCGUUCCGUACGUUUUGGAGUUUAUCAUGACUUUGAAAGAAGCGAUCAUAGUCACCUCGGUGUUCAUUACCGCACUCAUCGCAGCGGACCGGUACGACUGCAUCUGCCGUCAUCGUAAGCGAUUCUUCACCACCAAGAGAGCUAAGGCCACGCUAGUGGUGUCUUUAGUAGUCUCAAUCAUCAUCUCGAUCCCUAGCUUCGUCGCUGUGCCUUAUUAUAUCCAACUGCUUUCUCAAACUGUUGGUUUUGCCAUUGCACUUCUGGUGAUAACCGUGUGUUACACGAAAGUUUACACCGCUAUCAGAAGACACGUUAGAGUUGGCCGUGCACCUUCCAUGCAAGUUGAAUUCAUCAAUAGGACUUCAAUUCACACAGGCAGACCACCAAAUAAUGGACUUGGUAAGGAAAUUAACUCGGCUAUUGUGCCAUGUUCUAGCAAAACUAAAGACAUCCACACGUUCAACAGUCAUGUACGGAUACCGAGCAUAUCAGAGACGUCAUCACAACCGAUGAAACAGAGUGGAGGAGAUUUGAAUGUGGGCUUCUUGCGAACGACUUCACCAAUAAGGGAACACCAGGCUGAUAUAACGACCCCACCUGAUGUUGCAAUUAUACGAAAAUUUCCGACAAAUGAACAAAAUCCCAAUCUGCAACGCAAGACAACGAGAAUGCUUUUCAUUACCAGCGUGUUGUUCCUGUUGACAUGGCUGCCAUACUGGAUCCUCAUCUUACUCACCAGUUUGCUAUCCCUCGGUGUAUGUCUAAACAUUGAUCCGAAUUAUUUCACACUGCUACGAUCUAUGCACGUACUCUUGUACAUCAACAAUGCGCUUAACCCUUUAGUUUACGGACUUGCGAAUAGACGAUUCAGGAAAGAUUGUAAAGAAGUGUUGAGAAAAAUGAGUCUUUGUUAG